AUGGGGGCGCCUUCGCAUUUCCAGCUUCUCUCCGAGAAGACCCUUCAUCACACGGCAGACCCUGCCCUCGUCGCCUAUUGUCCAUCCAUGGACUUGGUGGCACUUGUCACCAUUGACCAACAAGUGCUCAUCUACCGUCUUAAUGGUCAGCGUGUGUAUGGUGCGACACAGAAAACAGGAGCGUACCGAGUAACUAGCAUUCGAUGGAAACCAAAUGGUCAACUGCUUGCUAUUGCUUGGAGCGAUGGAUCUAUCCGACUUGUAGGAGCUGAAAGCAGCAAGAUUGUGCAUUGGUUUUCAACGGGCAUUCGCCAGGCCUCUGAUAUCACGUGCAUAGGUUGGUCUACCAAUCUUACAAACAGAAGUACCAGCUCUGUCACGCAGAAGAAGGGAGAAGAUUCAUGGAACACAAUCCUAGCAACUGGCGAAUUAGACGCCAUUCUGGAUCUACCUCGAGACCUAUCACUCAUCGACAUCGAAACAAGCCUGCCAAAGCUCAGCGUUCUAGCCGCCGGUGGCUCAGACGAGGUAUUCAGUUCUAGAUCAUCUUUAGAUGCCCUCUUUCGAGCAUUUGACCCAAAGGACAACAACGCAGUCGAUGUGAUGGUUGUAGGGACACUUCCGGGAACCAUUCAUCUCAGUAUUUACGAUUCGUUCGAGAUUGGCUCCUUCCCAUCGCCACGUCUUCCUGGGGAUACAGCAUCUCAGUUGGUUCUUCAUGCGUCUCAUAAGCAAUAUUCCACCCACUCGCUGCUUCUGCGAGCCUCAGCUCCGGGACCGCGGCUUUACUUCGUACCCAUGGACCUCCGAUUCAUUUCGGCGUCGAGCGAAUACCUUUCACUACUUGCUUCUCGCGCUACUGCUCUCCAAAAUCUACUCAGGUAUAUCGAUCAAGUUCAACUCCAGAUGUCAAUUGAAUGGAAGUCUACUCAAGAGCUUCCCGGCAGGUUUCUAAGUAACAUCAAUGAAACCUUAAUGGAGAAGGAUAAUCGAGAUAUCGUUCAGGCCUUAUAUCAUUCCGUGGCUACAGGACAUACAUUCCCUUCUGUGCGUGAGUGGCUUGUAGACGAAUUGUCCGAAAGAGGUCACAAACGAUGGGAUAAAGCCGUCACAACUGGCUUAGAAAAUCUAAGACGUCUAGUACACGAGAAUAUGCUACCUGCUCUCGAACGCUGCUCCCUGAUUCUUAGCAGGUUCUCUGGAAUUGCAAAAUUUCAAGGAUCAAACAGCUCUUUAGGCUUCACGACUCAACAAAUCAAUACCAUCAUGGAUCGCGUUGCUUGCCUGCAUUUGGUAUCAUCAAAGAUCCUCAUUCAGGUUGUCGAUGAGUUGGAGCUGUUCACGUCAUUCUCAUCCUGGCUCCGGAAUGAGAUUGACCGAGUUGCUUCCGAUGCGUCAGCUUCUCCAGCGGAUGAUGCAGCAGCAGAAAAGGAGGCAUCCAUUGACCACAACAAGGUUCUUUCAUAUAUUCAAAAUGCCAUGACGUCGAGCCCUCUUGCAAUUUAUAUGGAGAAGCCACCCGAAGAUUUUCUUGAAGAUUGGACUCAUGGCGAGGACGGCAUGCCGAUGUAUGAUCUACUAGACAAGCAGCUUCAGAAACAGGAGCGAGGAUUGCCAUAUAUAAAACUCCUGCCACGUGUUGAGGUGUUAUAUAAGCUUUUGAUGAGACAGACCGGUAUGAUAUUCGGUCAGAUUGCUGACGCCGAAAUGCGGAACGUCUUGUUUGGGAAGCCAUAUGAAGUCGGCCCGGCUCACGAUGAUUCUCCCAUGCAUAUGAGAAUGAUUGCAGAGAAUAAGUCGACCUGCGAAACAUAUAUAGCUUAUGUUCCUGGUGGCUCGCAAGGGAUUCUACAAGUCGUCCGGGUUAUCAUGUCCUUGGAAAAUGGUAUCAGCUCGCCGCACAGUGUCUCCUCGACUUCCUUACAACUUGGCAACGGCAUAAUCAAAGAUCUCAAGAUUUGGGAUGAUAGUGAAAUACUGGCAUUGUGGGAGUCAAACACAACGACCAGUCUUUUGAAUAUCCCCUAUAAGUCCAAUCUCAAAGGAAACCUUAGCAACUAUGCGUUGAAUUAUUCUCCCCACUCGUCAAAGGGCAAGGGCGGUCCGACACCUCAUUUCAGUAAUCAAGAAGUACUGCAGCAAUUUUGCAAAUACAAACUAUCGACCGAUCAAGCAUUUGUACCCGAAAGACUGGAAAUCCGAGCAAGCAGUGAUAUGAGACACAACGAAGGCGGAGAGAAACAAGCAGACUCACGACGCAUCAUCCUCCUGAGCAAAGAUAGGCUGCAUUACCGAGUGCUCAGGUUGGGGAAAGCAGAUGCGUUAUCUGAGGUGGCUGAGGAUGAAGAUAUUUCAAUGUCAUAA